AUGGCACUAGCAAGUGGACAUUGGGUUGAAAAGGAGAUUGAAGGAGUGCCACCCAGUCCAAGGCAUGGGCACGCCAUUGCAUUGGCAGGAAACAUUGCUUUCUUGUAUGGAGGAGUGUCAACCAUAUACUCUGAGGAAGCCAGAUCUGUAUAUCUGAAUGAUUUUUACAUGAUUACAGUUACUCCCACUCGAAUAACUUGGGAGAUGAUGCCUCAGAAUGGAGUUGUACCCACAGAAAGAGAGGGGCACACACUUUGUGUUGUCAAAGGAAAACUGUACUUAUUUGGAGGUUCCAGCCAUCCUCAAGCAGAAGAAUGUCUCCCAGGGGUUUAUUGUUUUGACAUUGUGACACUGAGAUGGGAGCAGCUGAAGACUGGUGGUGUAGCUUUGAAGUCUCUGAGACACAGCUCAGCAGCCUUGGGGGAUAAUAUAUAUGUGUAUGGAGGAAUUCUGGAUGGAAGACCUACAGACAAUCUCAUGAUGUUCAACACAGUGUCAAUGAUUUGGACACCUAUCAAAGCAACUGGAGCCCUACCAUCUGCAAGAUAUAACCACACAUGUGCUGUCGUCAAUGAGCAGAUCUUCUUGUUUGGUGGAUGUGGAGGCGAUGGGUCCUACCAACAAGACAUUCACAUUCUAAAUACAGAGACCCUCAAUUGGCAGAAAUGUGAUGUUAAGGGCGAGUCCCCCCUCUCCUGUGCUGGUCAGUCAUUUACGGCUCACCAUGACAAGGAUAUUUACUUGUUUGGAGGGGCAGUCACCAGCACUGAUGGAACUGUCUUUUCAAGCAAUGAAAUUCACAAGCUAAGCAUUGCAAAGAUGAAAUGGAAGGUACCCUUGUAUGUGGGAAUUCCCCCAUCAAGGCGCCAUGGUCACACAGCCUUCAUUCUUCACAGUCAUAUGUAUGUGUUUGGAGGAAAAAAUGAAGAACAGGAAUUCAACGAUUUGAAGAUAAUGAAAUUAAUCAAUCCAUCAGAGAGACAGCCAGUCAUGAAGGAGAUUCUGUCUGAAUUUGGACUUCAGGGAGUCAGUAAUGGCUUUGUGCCAACAAAAGUUCCCAACGUGAAGUAUGAACUGAGUGAGCCUCCAUUAACCAUGAGGACAGAGAAAUCAGAGUCAACACAGAUCACAGCUUUUCGGGAUUUCACCAUGGUUCGUGAUGAGGCCGUGAACAUGAUCCAGAAAGCUUUUACAAUUUUAGAUGAGGAAUUCCGAAAACUAGACAGGGAAAGGUUAGAGCUUUCACAAGCAGGAAAAGCACUGCAGUGUGAAAGACAGGCUUACGAUGAAUCUCACCAGAGGCAGACACAGGAACUUCAGGAAAUGCUGGAGAGGCACAAAGCUCAGAAUGAGGCCUGGCUUCAAGCUCGAGCAGAGGAAAACGACAAGGAGAGGAAGGAGCUGUGUAAACUCAGGGAGGAAGUGCUUCAUGAGCAGGAGAAGCUGAAAGAAGAGCAAUGUAACAUCCAAAAACGCAGUGAGCACCUCCUGUCCAUUAUGCAGCAGUUCAAAGGCAUGUGA